UGCAAAUAAAGCCAUUUUGCUUGAAAUUUUCUGGAAUUUUCCUUUAAAAACUAAGAAUUCUGGACUUAAGUUUACUUGAACAUGGCUGCAAAACAUGCAGCGUUUGUUGACAAGCCAGGUUUUGAACGCAUUCUUGAGGAGAACGCUUCACUUCACGGAGAAGUGCGAAUCCUUCGUGAAAACUUGGAAGAAGAACGCAGGAAAAAUGGCCAACUCUUAGGAACCUUUAAAACUCGUCAAAAUGAGGACUUUAAAAACCUAGCACAUGCUAAAAAACUCUCAGAAACCCUAGCUGAGGAAAAUGCACAGUUAAAAGCAGAGAUAAAAAGUAGUAACCAAGGACGCCACGGUAGUAAUUUUGGCGGGGAGUUUUUGAAAGAGUUGGAAAAUUUUGGACAAAAAUUUGAGAUUCUUCAUCGCGAUUUAAUGAACAGCAACUUAAUGAAAAACCUUAAAGGAAAACAUGUCAUUAAUCAAGAUGAUAUCAGAGCUUUGAAGAACAAUUUUGAGAAAACAAUUACAGAACUUGUGUCCAUAAGAAACUUGUUGACAAACAAGAAAGACAGUGUCCCAAAUGGAGUACUAUUGACAACAGCAAGACAAGGAUCAAAGACUAAUGGCAUUCCAAGUAACCUUUUAUCUGGCAACAGAACAUCAAGUAUAGAAGACUUGAUCCACUUGAAUGGCCCUGUUACAGAGAAUGCUAUUCUUGAUAUACUACACAAGAGAUUGUCUAAUGGUCAAAGCAUCACCAAACUUGGACCGGUACUACUGUCAGUCAACUCAUUAAACAGCACCCAAUUCCAAGCCUUGUCAUCAGAUACUCUUUGUCUAGACUCAUGUGUCAAGGAAGUCAUGGAUAGAUUAUCAGAAAGGGGUAUACCACAAGUCUUUGUACUCAGUGGCUCUAGUGGUAGUGGUAAGACCUAUGUAUCUCAGGUUCUUAACAAGAAAAUACUUGAACAGGGUGAUAAGGGACUCGUCUCCGAUAUAUGUAAGCAUUUUUUGGCUUCAGUAACAGUCUUGCAGUCCUUUAGCUUGGCUAAAACAACAUUGAAUUCAAAUUCUUCAAGAGUGGGCCACCUUUAUGAGUUUUAUUUCACAGAUGGUUAUGUAUCUAAAACCAAAAUACAGUGCUAUUCAUUAGAUUAUACCAGAGUAACCAGUCCUCUAUCUGGUGAGAGAGCUUUCCACAUCUUCUAUGAGAUGUUAAAUGGGAUCACCCAAGAAGAAAGAGCUAAGCUUCAUCUUCAAGGCUAUUCCUGUCAUAAUCUUCAUUAUUUAAGUGGUUGUCCUUUACCCACAGAAGAAGAGGAGCUCAAAAUGAGGACAACGUUUGAAAAAUGGAGAGGAGGUUUAAGUACUCUGGGGAUCCCCUUCACUGAUGUGCUGAGAAUACUAGCAGCUAUUCUGUUGCUAGGAAAUGUACAGUUUGUUGAGGGGGAAGGGUUGGAAUUGGACGUAAAGGGCAAUAAUGAAAUCAAAGCAGUGGCAGCAUUACUGGGUGUGUCAGGUGUUUCUCUGUACAGGGGAUUGACAACAAAGACAAAGAAUCUACGGGGACAAGUCUUUAGAUCUCUCUGUGAACCUACUGUGGCGAACCAACACAGGGAUUCCUUAGCCAUGGCCUUAUACUCGCGUACCCUAGCUGCCAUCGUGCGUCGCGUCAACAGCUUUAAAAGACCUACAUCAUCAGCAGUGACAUCCACCUCAGCCUCGGGUGAGGCGGGGUUGUCCCCAGGGUCUCCUGGCAAGAAGGCGGCGAUGACGAAUGGAGGGAUUCUAAGCACAAACCAUGAAGGUUCUCCCACUCUUAGUCCUGUGUUAUCUUCAUUUAACGGCCUAUUGUCCAUACCAAAAGGAACCACUGGGCUUGUUGCUGUGAUGGACAUGUUUGGCUUUGAGAACAGAAACAACGUCAAUCAGCUUGAGCAGAUUUGUAUCAACCUUUGUUCUGAAACGAUCCAACAUUUUUACAACACGCAUAUCUUCAAAAGCUCAGAGGAGUAUUGCAGAGAGGAUGACAUUCACUUAGACGCUGAUUACGUUGAUAAUGCUGCUUGUAUCGAGCUACUUACAUGCCAAAGAGCAGGAAUCCUUACAUUGCUGGAUAAAGAAAGUUUGUUUAUAAGAGGGACGUAUUUGAGUUUCCUACAGAAGGUCAGAGAACAGCAUCAGGAGAGUGAAUGCUUUUUUGAUCCUGAACCGGAGAAUCCGUGUUUUGCUGUCACACACCAUGCAGACAACGUGGUCUAUGAUGCCAGAAAUCUCAUCCACAUAAACAGAGACACCAUCCCUGAUGAUAUCGUCUGUGUAUUCUCUAGGCAGAACUGUAACUUCGGCUUCGCUACUCACCUAUUCACGAGUGAUCUGAAGUCACCACAAGGACAGACAGCAGCUCCUAAGGGUGUUCUACACAGAGUCUCACCAACACACACCCCUGAGCUUAACAGGUCUCCAGGCAACUACGAACAAUCACAAACUACAUUUUCUCAAGAUUUUCAGGGCAAACUAGAUAGUUUACUAAAGACCCUAGUACAAGCACAACCCAUGUUUUUAAGGUGUAUAAAGACAAACUUGCACCAAGAGCCCAACGUGUUUGAUCGUCGGGUGGUAAGCCAACAGCUUAGAGCACUUCAAGUAUUUGAGACACUGCGCCUUUUACAAUCAGAAUUUGCACAUCACUCUAGGUUCCCGACUUUUAUUCAGAAAUACGGCUUCCUUUCGUCCCGUCCUCUUGGUGAAAGAGAAGAGACUGAACCCGAGGACUGUGAAGCCAUCUUAGAAUCGCAUCUACGUAAGGUUCACAAAGACAAAGCAGGAAUGCUUUCAAAUUCAUGGGUACUCGGAAAGAAAUAUUUAUUUUACAGUGACAUCAUGAAGCAGGAGUUGGAUCGUCAGCGUGACAGUAGAAAAUCAUCUGCUGUUGUGACAAUCCAAGCAUUUGUACGAGGCUGGUUGUGCAGAAAACAGUGGAUCACUUUGAAAAGAUCACUAGAGAUGCAGAAAAAGGCACGUUUACAAUCAAGAACCAACCACAAACAUGGUUCCAGCAGGCAUAUCGUACCCGCAGACCACGAGCUGAGCGUGGAUACCAAAACAGCUGAACAGAUUUGUUGUCUGCACGGUCUAGAUAUGGAGACGCCACCACCGCUACCAAGGAGCAGACCGUAUACUGUGAUGGGGAACAUGAAGAUGGGGUUUCCUCAGACCCGAAUCAUGAAACAGGAUCUACUAGGUGGUGACGGCGAGGUGUUAUUACGUAAAGGAGAACACGUCAAGGUGGUCAGUGCCGCUCGUAAGCGAGGAUUUCUUCUUGUAGAACAAAGGAGUGGAUCUAAUAUACAAGUACCUUUCCAAAUCACUGAACUCAAGGUUUCUCCAAACCCAUCUCCUCGUUGAAAAGGCCUACUGAAACUCCAGAACACGAAGGGGCCACGAUUGGCGUCGAUUCACUACGAGAGAAAGGUACAGAGAAAGUCCAGUAUUAAACUUUUGGACGCCUGCAAACUUAUCAGUUUAAAAUAGAUUGAGUAUGAUUAUAAAACAUCCAAUUAGAAUGCUUGGACGCGGUUCCGUCACGGGCACGACACGUCCAGGCCACAAUUUUCUUUAACGUGCGAAAUUCGCUUUAAAAUAUUUCAAACAAAAAAACUUUCUGCUAUAUACCACCUAAAUUUAAACAAGGCGUCACGUGACAUGCAUUGCAUCCUGGGACAUUUAACGACUCGAGCGAAGUGUAUGAUGGGAUACCUAAAAUACUCGCGCUAAUGAUUGUUGAUAGGAAGUGUAGAUUCCCGACCAUAAUAUCUAACAAACAUACGAAUAGAAAAAAGAUAAAUCCUACCGUACAUAAAUCUGGAAGGCUUGUUACGAUAUGAUAUUUAUAAUAAUCUUCAAGGUGUAAUAUUAUUUAAUCGUUAAUCUAUUAAUAAUUAAAUAUAUAGACAUAUAUACCAGUCAGUAGUAUAUGAAAUCAAGAGAAUAUAUUUUAUUAUACAUGGGUUUUUAUUAUUAAUAAGAGUGAUUUUGUCAGAGAUUAUAGAAAUGAAAUUAUCCUUUAAAAAAGCUUGAAUAAAAGGUACAAACUAUGUGGGAUGU